AUGAAUGGCCUUCUAUAUAUGUAUGACUGCCCUGAUAGCAUUGGUGACAUGACCAGUCUCACCCAGUUUGUGAUUGAUACUCCAACUUCUGAGCUGCUUGAGAAGAUUCCAGCCAUUCAAAAGCGUCUAAAUCUUGUGGGCACAGUAAGGCAUGACAUACAUGAGAUAGAGAGCAGAGGAUGCAACAGUAUAGUGGACCUUGUGGGAUUGACUUGUUCAGAGCUGAUACUUGCAGGGCUUCAAAAUGUCAGGCAUCCAGAAGAUGCAGACAGAGUCAGACUACGUGAUAAAUCAGAUAUUCGGUUGCUUAAACUUCUCUGGGAAAACCAAGGAGGUAAAUCAGUGCUGGACAGGCUCGUACCUCCUCGGACUCUUGAACACUUUCAGCUACUUGGGUAUAGCAGCAAGGAUUUCCCUAACUGGAUGUUUCACAUCUCGUCCUAUCUCCCCUUUCUCAGCGAACUGACUCUUAAUGGUUUGGAAGCAUGUGAUUCUCUUCGUCCAUUCGGGGCACUGCCAAAUUUAAGAAUGUUGUGUCUGAAAAACAUUCCCAAUAUUAGGAAAAUCGGCAAGGAAUUCUAUGGAGAGGGCACACCUUGUAUGAAACUAAGAAUACUGACACUGAAGUUGAUGAAGAAUUUGGUGGAAUGGUGGACAACAGAGACAGGUGAAGAAAACAAAGAGUUCUUAAUCCCCAAUUUGCAUUUUUUGUUUGUAGUGGACUGUCCAAAGUUGAAGUUCCUAACAUAUCCCCCAAGAAGUAUGAAUUGGGGUUUGAGCAACAGCGACACAGUUUUGCCAGAACGAGGAUUUGGAAACCUCUCCUCUUAUAUUCAUCCUUCUGAGAUCGUUCUGAAGAGCUGUAGUUUCUCUCAAGACAGGUGGGAUAGUUUUCAACACUUUACCACCCUGGAGAAUUUUUAUGUAUACUCCAUCAGUGGCUUGAGGACUUUGCCAGAGGUCAUGCGAUGCUUCACUUCUCUCACUGGACUAUGGUUGGUGUCGUUGAAUGACCUGGAGACACUCCCGGUAUGGUUGGGUCAGCUUGGUUCUCUAGAACUCUUUCACAUCCACAAUUGCCCUAAGCUGACAUCUUUGCCCAAAAGCAUGAAGAAUCUCACCGCUCUUAGAAAACCAAGGUUGCUACAGUGCAAAGGCCGGGAGAUAUUACCGGAAUGGUUGGGACAGUUGACUUCUCUAGAAGAACUUUUCAUCAGAGAUUGUCCCAGCCUGACAUGUUUGCCUGAAAGCAUACAGAAUCUCUCUGCUUUGAAGCUACUUAGAAUUGUUCGAUGUCCGAGUCUGAUUGCGAGGUGCCAAGGGGAGGAUGCCCACAAAAUUUCUCAGAUCCCCAAAGUCGAAUUCAACUGA